UAUGUGAUCUUGAAACGCAGUUACCGAGCAAUUUCCAUUUUAAUGAGAAAUUGCGCAGAAGGUAUUAUUUGUAGCUAAGCAAUUCAUGGUUGAAGGUGCUAUAAUAAAGAAGGUGAUGUUCCAUUUUGUUGAGGUUGAACUCUCUUAGUCUUUGGUGUAGCAGAUGGCAGGGGGUUCAAAUUCAAAGAGGCAUCCUGUCAAUAGGGGCACUGAUUCCAUAAACACACAGGGUAUAAUUGAAGGGAAUAAUCUGCAACCACAUACGCAAGUGCAAGAACGUGUUACUGUUUUCGACCAACAUUUCUAUGAUGGAAUCCCAUGCUUUGCCGAUGUUUGCUUUCUCCAUAAGUCAAGCUCAAUCUCAAAGGUCUCAGAGAUGAGUUUACUCUUGAGCAGAGCUGGCACUAUUGGAUGUGGAAAGGUUUUGGAUACCAUUGGGAGCAGCAUCACAAAUUUAAAUGCUGGUAGUGGGUUUGCUUCUGGAGCUGCAAUUAAGGGGAAUGGAAUUUCUAUUUUGGCAUUCGAGGUUGCAAACACAAUUGUCAAAGGUUUUAAUCUUCUGGGAUCUCUAUCCGCAGAAAGUGUUAGGAAUUUAAAAGAAAAGGUGCUUCUUUCAGAUGGUGUGCAAAAUUUAAUAUCAGAAGAUAUGAAUGAACUUCUUAGGAUUGUUGCAGCAGACAAGAGGAAGGAGUUGAAAGUUUUUUCUAAUGAGGUGAUUCGUUUUGGAAAUCGUUCGAAGGAUCCUCAGUGGCACAAUUUAGAUCGUUACUUAGAAAAAACUAGCGGACAAUUAAAGACCGAAAGACUAUCAAGAGACGAGGCAGAAUCAAUAAUGCAACGAUUGAUGACUUUGGUUGAUUUUACAUUUAAAUUGUACCAUGAGUUAGAUGCUUGGGAUAAACUUCAACAACAUUUUCAGCGUGAUGAUGAUCUUGCAGUCUUGAGCGCGGAAACUAAAAGCCGAAAAAAGAAGCAAAUUAAUCACUUAAAGAAAAAAUCACUCUGGUCUAGAAAUUUGGAGGAGGUUGUGGAGAAGCUUGUAGAUAUUGUCCUUUUUUUGCAUUUGGAGAUAAUCACUGUGUUUGGCAAUACAGGUAUGCCCUUAGAUUAUGUUUGCUUCCCUUGAUCUGUAAUGCUGUUCUGUGCCAGUUAAUAUUAAUUAUUAAAUAGCAGUUCUUUCUUAUCCAUGUCAGGACUUAUUUAACACAAGAUUUGCUACAAAUCUCAUUUAUGUUAGCCUUAUUUUGUAGUGAU